UCGAAAUUCACCUGUUUUUGCUUGCUCUCUUUCUUCUUCCUCUAUACCUUAACCAUUAAACGCGUGCAAUAAUGGCUACAAGCUUCAUUGGCAAGGCCAUCUCUCUCCUGUCCCAUUCCGAUGUCCGUUAUCGAGGUAUUCUUGCUGGGCUUGAUCCGUCUAACUCGACUAUUCAACUGCGAAAUGUGUAUUCCAUGGGCACGGAAAAUCGACGGUCGCCCGAAGAGUUCAUACCACCAGCAGAAUUACCAUACCAGUUCAUUAUUUUCCGUGCUUCCGAGGUGAAGGAUAUCGCUCUUGAUAACGAUCAACUUCCUGUACGUACGAGGAGCGUCCACGAUGAUCCAGCUGUCAUUGGGGCCUCAGGUCCUCCGAUGGCAAAUGGAGCUUAUGGUCAAUUCCAACCCGGCCCUGGUCAAAACGGCAUGGUGCCUCCACCGCAACAAGUGCCAGCAACACUGGGUCAACGUCCUCCUGUGAGCUCUGUACCUCCACCAAGUGCAAGUCCUGCAGCACAACCACCCUCGGCCACAAAUGGUACUCCUGCUCCACAGCCGCAGGUCAGUGCUGGGAGUGGUCGUACCAGCAGCAAUAGCAGGCGGGGAAAUAGCAACUCUGUAGCGAAUGCUGCUGCAUCGAUGGAAAAGGUUGAGCGCGCUAUGAGCGAGGUCCGCCUAUCUGCUACCAAUAAUCGUCCACGGAGAGGUGGAGGUGCAAACCAGCAUGUUGAAAUUACUGUUCCGAAGACGGACUUUGAUUUCGAGAGCUCGAAUGCACGGUUUGACAAGUCUGCAGUCGCUAGCCAGGCUGGUGGUGAUGAUAGCGACACGAACACGAACCCGUCUGAAGAGGGUGAGAUACCGUCGAAGGCUUCAAGCAAGUCUCCGAAAGAUAAAGAGAAUUCGUAUAAUCCGAAGAAAUCGUUCUUUGAUACUUUGUCAUCGUCUGCGAGCAGUGCUCCUCAGCAUGUCGCUGGCGGUCGUGGAGGCGGAAGAGGGAGGGGAACGGGUAAGAGUCGUCGGGAAGAAGAAAGGGAGAAGAAUGUUGCUACUUUUGGUGAACCGGGUGGUGUAGGACUCAUGGGUCCAGGUGCUUACGUGGGUGGAUAUGGUCACGGACGUCGUGGUGGUGGGCGUGGAGGGAGACGCGGAGGAGGUCGUCGCCCACCAGCUGCAGCUGGGUCUGGGGCAGGUCAAGGAGUAGUUUCUACGUAAUAUAACCCCACUCUCUCUGAUGCCUUUUUUUAUUUUUUGUACGGUAGUAAGCUCGUAACAUGUUGAUCCAUGAAAUAGUGAUAUAAUGAAUCUC